AAAUACCGCUCCGCUGCUUUUUGUUUGCUAAAACGCUAACAGCAUCAGGAGUAGAAACUUGUAAACACCACCGGGAACAAUUUGUUUUGUCAAGAUGCAGAUCUUUGUGAAGACCCUCACUGGUAAGACCAUCACUUUGGAGGUUGAGCCCAGUGACACCAUUGAAAAUGUCAAGGCCAAAAUCCAGGAUAAGGAAGGCAUCCCUCCGGACCAGCAGAGGCUGAUCUUUGCUGGCAAGCAGCUGGAAGAUGGCCGCACCCUCUCUGACUACAACAUCCAGAAGGAGUCCACCCUCCAUCUUGUGCUCCGUCUGAGGGGAGGUAUGCAGAUCUUCGUGAAGACCCUCACUGGCAAGACCAUCACCCUGGAGGUCGAGCCCAGCGACACCAUUGAGAAUGUCAAGGCCAAAAUCCAGGACAAAGAAGGCAUCCCUCCAGACCAGCAGCGUCUCAUUUUCGCCGGCAAGCAGCUGGAAGAUGGCCGCACCCUCUCUGACUACAACAUCCAGAAGGAGUCCACCCUCCAUCUUGUCCUCCGUCUGAGGGGAGGCAUGCAGAUCUUCGUGAAGACCCUCACUGGCAAGACCAUCACCCUGGAGGUCGAGCCCAGCGACACCAUUGAGAAUGUCAAAGCUAAGAUCCAGGAUAAGGAAGGCAUCCCUCCAGACCAGCAGCGUCUCAUCUUUGCUGGCAAGCAGCUGGAAGAUGGCCGCACCCUCUCUGACUACAACAUCCAGAAGGAGUCCACCCUCCAUCUUGUGCUCCGUCUGAGAGGAGGAAACUGAGCUGCUCCUGAUCAUAAAAAAGUGUCAGUAAACCCACCAUUUAUUGCAGUGUUCAAAUCACUCCUCCUGAUGCAGAUGUCAGUCAUUCCUUUUUUUAUUUGAAUAAAGGUUGAACAUUCCUGAAUUUUGCUUUCAUCAGCUUUUAAUAGUUCUCACUUUGCAUUUCACUGCAUUAGCUGACAGUUUUGAUUUUGGUAAAUACACAAACAGGAUGUGAAGAUGAUAAAACUUAAAGCACGUUUGUGAUUUGAAGUGGUUGACAAGCAUUCACUAACAAGUUUAAGUUCACAAGUUGGUAGCUCUGAGACCUGUAAUGCUUAUUCUGUUCCUGUUAGGACCUUUAAAGCAGCAUCAAUGGAAAAUCUUGAGUGUGAUAACUAAUAAACGGCUUCUCACUGUCA